AUGGCCCUCGCCGGAUGUCCCGCCCACCGAGCAGGCCCCGCCCCUCAAGAACACCGCCUCUAUAAGCCCCGCCCACCAAGCGUAACCUCGCCCCCGGAAAGACCCUAUUCGCGGAGGCCCCGCCCCCCCGGAAGGCCCGGCGGCGAAGCCAUGGCGGCGGCGGUAACGGCCGGCUGGCAAUUGCCGUGGCCGGGGCUUGUCGCGCUGGGCCGGGAGCUGGCGGCCGAAUGGGCGGCGCAGGACGUGCGGGCUGCGUUGUGCCAGCUGCUGCUGCUCUGGCUGAGCCUCAAUCUGCUGGGCAUCCACCUGGCCUGGCGAGUUUAUGGUGAGGAGGUGGCCACGCUCUGCUACCGGACCGGGCCCGCCGCCCGCCGGUCCCCCGGUACCGACCCCGGGCUAGCCCGGCCGCGCGCGCACUCCCUGUCCCCCGCCAGCCCCGCCAGACGCAACGGCGCCGCCGAGCGGCACUGCCCGCCCCGACCAGUACGUCCCAACAAGCACCCCCCGGCUCCACCUCUGGACCCGUGCAUGCUAGCGAGUGGCCCCCAAGCUGUCCCACCAGACCAGUGCACCCCAGGAUAUUUCCUGCAAGACCAGUAA